AUGAGUCGAUUGCUUUCGGGGCCAUUGCUUGAAGGAGAUGCCAAGGCUCAGGAGUUUGGAAUCCUGUUCAUAGAAACCAGUGCAAAAGCAGGAUUCAAUAUCAAGCCUCUGUUUCGAAAGAUUGCUGCUGCCUUGCCAGGGAUGGAAACCCUUUUCUCAACAAAACAGGAAGACAUGGUUGACGUGAAUUUGAAGCCUACAGUCGAUACAUCAAACACAAAACAGCAGGGGGGGAGGUUGCACGUGCUAGAGAAUGUAUUGAGGAGGAAGAAAAAGAGAAGGAAGAUGUUGGAAUCACCUAAUACUUCAAUGAAAUUAGGUAAAUUUUGA